AUUAUAAAUGAAUUAAAAGGACCAAAUUAAUCCCUUUAAGGCUUAUGGAACUAAGGAAGUUUGGGAAAAAAUAAAUGAGUCUGGGAAAAACAAGGAAGUAAGUAUUAGAUAAAUAAAGUUAGUAUGUUAGAUUUCCAGGUAUUGGAAUUGAAUAAACUCCAUUUUAUUAAAUGUAAAAAUAACAUGCAGAAAAAAAUCAAAGCAAGAAAUAAGACUUUUUGAGUAAGUUAAAUAAAUUUGAAUAUUUUCCAUCAGGGAAUUAGAAAAAAUUAGAUAUAUAAGGAAUGGUAUAGUUACAUAAUAUAAAAUAAGUUUUCUCAAAUAGAUGAUGUUAAGAAAUACUAGGCAAGAAUGGAAAGAAUAGAUCCAAUAAAUAAAAACUGUAUUUUUUAGAAUGAUUAAUUAGUAUUAUAGCAUAAAUUGCACAAGGCAUAAGAAACAGCUUCUUUUUUAUGGGGUGAUUAAAUAAGAUAUGAUGGGAGUUUGGGAACUUUGGAUUCAAUAAAUAAUUUAUUGAAUUAAUCAUAAAAGAAGUUAGAGUAAAGAAAUCAGAGCUAAUAAUUUAUAUUUACAAAGGGACAUCAUAAAGUAAGGCUUGGACACGAAAUAUGA